GGGAUAACCGGCAACCGGCCACGUAUAUACAUUUUCCGGUUUGGAAAAUCUAAUCGCGCGUCAUUCCAGGACGGACUACAGAGUAGUUCUUCGUCUUCCCCUCCAUUUCUACUCCGUAUGAUUCUACUCAUCUCUCCUUCCAUCAAUUCCACAUUCUGAGUUGGAUUCCACCUUCAAGAUCAGCUGCAACUCCUCGAUUCCCUCUCUAGAAUCAAUCACGGACACGAUUUAAUCGGCCAUCGGUGUUGAAUGGCUCGGAUCUUUGAGUAUUUCGUGGUUUGUGGGAUCGGGCCCGAGAUUCGUACUCUAGAUGGAAACAAGGGAUUUCAUGGAUUUGGUUACUUGUAUUUACCAUCUCUUCUCGACCAGUAUCCUCCUUCCAACAAUUCUCGUUGUCCUCCUCCACCACCUCAGCUCCCAACGUGUGUUUUACCAGCUGGGGUUGAGUUUUUUUCAUCGGGAUAUGAUUCCAGCGACGCCAGCACUUUUCCGCGGAGUUAUCCGAUUGUUUUGACGGAGGGCGAUGGGUCAAAAAUUUAUGUCAGUUGCAUUGCUUUUAGAGACCCUGUUAGUGAGGACAUUGCCGAAGCUUAUCGCAUUCCACCGAAUUCUUAUGCUGAUAAAUGUAUCUGUAUUGUUUCGCGUUCACCCAGCUUCCGUGUACUUAAAGAUGCAUUGGAGGAACUGUUUGCAUUGUGCUUCUCCAGCAGUGGAAGUAGCAAGCCUCUGUGGGAUAUCAUAGCACACAUAGUCUCCAAUGUACCACUGUCUACUCCUGGGAAGGAUCGGAUUUUGUUUGGCAUUGAGAAUUGCCUUCUUUCCGUUCAGGCUCCGUCCAAGGAUGGGCUUCCCUAUGCUGAUAUUUCGUUUCAGCCGCUUACGCAGUGCUUAGAUUUGGAAAACGUAAUCAAACUCUUCACUGCUGUCUUGCUGGAGAGGAGGAUUCUUCUUCGAUCGAACAAGUAUUCGCUCCUAACUCUUGUAUCAGAAGCCAUUUGUCAUUUAAUAUAUCCAUUUAGAUGGCAGCAUGUCUACAUUCCGUUACUCUUUUUCAGUGGAGUAGACUAUAUUGAUGCUCCCACACCAUAUAUGAUGGGUCUUCAUUCAGGUGUUGAUACAUCUUAUCUGGCAAUGGAUGGUGUUGUUGUAGUGGAUCUUGAGUAUAAUUGUAUCACAACUACUGAGGAUAUACCACCUAUUCCAGAACCAGAACUUGGAUCUUUGCGUAGUGAGCUGAUGAAGUUAUUAUAUCCCAAUGUUGUUAGCAUAGAUCAAAUGAGAUCUGAUUUGCGUAGCGCAUCUGAGCAGUACCCUAGAGGUAGCAGCAAGCCUUGGGGAGAAAACCAAGACCUUCAGCUUAGGUUGAUAUUUUUAAAAUUCUUUGCAUCACUCUUAAGUGGCUAUCGCAAUUUUGUAGAAAGCAAUGCGACUGAUGUCUUCAAUACACAAGCAUUCUUGAAGAAGCGUUCACGAUCGACUAAUCAACCAGAAGAUCCCAUGAUAACUCAAUUCCUGGAGUCCCAAGGAUUUCUAGACUAUCUAGAGAGAUGCAUAGGUUCUGAUGAAAGUAAUAAUAAUAUUCUUGACAAGUUACAAGAUGCAAUUGGGAGGGGUCAAAAUCCUCUUUCAAUUCUUCCGCCAUUGGUUGAACCUGAGAUCAUAACAAUCUCUGACCCUGAUUUGGGAACAUCAGGUUCUGGUGCCAAGUACACUUAUGAUAGAUUUCCUUCAAACAUUAGAACUGAGGAGCAGGAAGAAAAGAGAAAACAAAUUCUAGCAGCAGCUAGUGGAGCUUUUGAAUACUCUGGAAAACAUAAUCCUAAUUCACCUUCUAUAUCGACGGGCAAGGAUCUGAAAGCAGAAAGCCUCAGUCCAAUGGAGAGACAGGCCGAAAGAGAUCGCAUGGUUUUGGACAUUAAAGUCAAGCUACAGGGUCUCUGGCUACGCCUUCUGAAACUGGGUGCAACUGAUGAUCCUCUUUCUUCUUUUGAAUAUGGCACUAUUCUUGCUUUGAUUGAGUCUGAUGCAGAGGGAAUUGGUGGUAGUGGGUUUGUUGAGUGCAUUAGUGAGCAUAUAAAUACAGGAUGGCUUUGUCAGUUAACCGAUGAACAAUUUAUUGCUGUGAAAGAACUGCUAAAAACAGCAAUCAGUCGUGCAACUUCACGAAAUGAUAUAUUGACAAUUAGGGAUGCCCUUGAGGUGUCUGGUGAAAUGUUCAAGAAAGACCCCAAUAAUGUUCCUGAUUACAUCCAACGCCAUCUUAUUUCUCUAUCUAUAUGGGAGGAGUUAAGGUUUUGGGAAGGUUAUUUUGAUUACUUGAUGGAACGGUCUUCAAAUAAAAGCGCCAAUUAUGCAUCUCAGGUUUCUGCACAGCUAAUUGUUAUGGCAUCACAUAUGGCUGGGCUUGGGCUUCCUGACACUGAUGCUUGGUACAUGAUUGAGACAAUUGCGGAGAAAAACAGCAUUGGAUACAAGCAACUCAUAAAGCUCCGAGGUUUCUUAUCCCAUAUCCAGCAGCUGCGCAUUAGUUAUUGGGGGCUCUCUUCUGUUAAGUCUCAGUCCAUAUCUGCUCAUGCAUUGCCAUCUCCACGCCCCAAAGAUGGAUCUGAUCAGAAUCAGCAACCUGCUGAGGCUUCUGUUGUUGGAAGAAGUUGGGUUCAGAGCAUGUUCAGCAGGGAUACAUCUGCAAGGAUUAACUUAGGUCGUAGUGGUCGUUGGUCUUCCGAUGCCACAAGUGAGAGCGGUACUCCUCCACGACAAGAUUUAUCCUCAGCCGGGCAGAAAAAGGUUCAAAGCAAUAUUCGCGUCCUUAGGGGUCAUAGUGGAGCUGUGACGGCACUUCAUUGUGUUACGAAAAGGGAGGUGUGGGACUUGGUGGGAGACCGUGAGGAUGCAGGUUUCUUCAUUAGUGGAAGCACGGACUGCUUGGUCAAGAUAUGGGAUCCAAGUCUUCGUGGUUCUGAGUUGCGAGCAACUUUAAAGGGUCACACAGGACCUGUUCGUGCGAUUAACUCUGAUCGAGUAAAAGUAGUUUCUGGGUCUGAUGAUCAGUCAGUGAUUGUAUGGGAUAAGCAAACAACCCAGCUUCUAGAAGAGCUGAAAGGCCACGAUGCACAGGUCAGUUGUGUUCGUAUGCUAUCAGGUGAACGUGUCCUUACGGCUGCACAUGAUGGAACUGUGAAAAUGUGGGAUGUCAGAACUGAUACUUGUGUGGCAACUGUUGGUCGUUGCUCUAGUGCAGUUCUAUGCAUGGAAUAUGACGACUCUACGGGAAUACUGGCUGCUGGUGGUAGAGAUACAGUAGCAAAUAUCUGGGACAUCCGUGCUGGCCGGCAAAUGCACAAGCUUUUAGGUCAUACAAAAUGGAUACGCUCAAUAAGAAUGGUAGGAGACACCAUAGUUACCGGUAGUGACGAUUGGACCGCUAGAUUGUGGUCUGUUUCUCGAGGAACAUGUGAUGCUGUUCUAGCAUGCCAUGCUGGCCCAAUCUUGGCUGUCGAGUAUUCUGCACUGGAUAAGGGAAUAAUAACUGGUUCAACUGAUGGACUUCUCCGUUUUUGGGAAAACGAGGAUGGGGGUAUUAGAUGUGUGAAGAAUGUCACCAUUCACAGUGCUGCCAUACUGUCAAUCAGUGCUGGGGAACAUUGGUUAGGAAUUGGAGCGGCAGAUAACUCUAUGUCUCUCUUCCAUCGGCCACAAGAGAGACUCGGAGGCUUCCCUAACACGGGUGCAAAAAUGGCUGGGUGGCAACUAUACAGAACCCCACAAAAGACUGCAGCCAUGGUACGAUGUGCAGCUUCAGACCUCGAAAGGAAACGAAUAUGCACUGGUGGUCGUAAUGGCCUUCUAAGGCUCUGGGAAGCAACAAUCAACAUCUGAGGCAACAUUAUCAUUCAUCAUCAUCAAUUCAUGAGGAAAUAUGAUUCAAAGAGUUGGCUAGUUUCACCUAAAAGGUAUACUUGGUUGAUGUAAUAUUUCAGCGGUGCAAUGUACAGAAAAGUGAGUACUCAUUACAAGAAGGUGAAGCUACCCUCGUGGAAUGCAGAGGAAAGUGAAUCAAUGCCCCAAUAUUAAUUGAUUUUCUCUUUGGGGUAGCCAGAUGUGGAUUUUUGCAAUUAACGGCUAACUUGAUUAAAUCAAGGAUUUUAGAUUUACUUUGUCUGUUUGUUCAAAAUUUUAUUUGUUUUCAUUCUUACAUAUAUUGGAAUAUAGCAUAAGUAUAUAAGAGAUAGGUGUGUUUGAAGGUGCAAGUGUGAGGUUUCAAUCAAAUUUUUGUAGCUAUUGAUGUCAAAUUAGUGUGUUUGUUGUAGAAAAGUGUUAAGACCUCUAAUUCAUAAAAAUCUACAUACAUUGGCAUAGCACAUUCUUCCC